AUGGGCAUGAACAACUGGCAACAGAUCCCCGUCCGCUCGUCCCCGUCCGUCCCCGUCCGUCCCCCGCCCUCCUCUCCCCCUUAUACCCGCCCUCCUCUCCCCCUUAUACCCGCCCUCCUCUCCCCCUUAUACCCGCCCUCCUCCCCCCCUUAUACCCGCCCUCCUCUCCCCCUUAUACCCGCCCUCCUCUCCCCCUCAUACCCGCCCUCCUCUCCCCCUCAUACCCGCCCUCCUCUACCCCUGAUACCCGCCCUCCUCUCCCCCUUAUACCCGCCCUCCUCCCCCCUUCAUACCCGCCCUCCUCCCCCCCUCAUACCCGCCCUCCUCCCCCCCUCAUACCCGCCCUCCUCCCCCCCACAUACCCGCCCUCUCCCCCCCCCCAAAUACCCGCCCUCCCCCCCCCACAUACCCGCCCUCCCCCCCCCCACAUACCCGCCCUCCUUCCCCCCACGUACUCGCCAUCCUUCCCCCCACAUACCCGGGACAGAGGUGGAGCCUGAGUGGGGGAGGGGGAGAGGGGGAGGGAGAGAGUGGGAGGGACAGAGGGAGAGGGACACAGGGGGAGGGACAGAGGGGGAAGGACAGAGGGAGAGGGACAGAGGGGGAAGGACAGAGGGAACAGUGGGGGAGGGAACGAGGGGAAGGGACGGAAGGGGAGGGAGAGAGAGGGAGGGAGAGAGGAGGGUGGGAAAGAGGCGAGGGAGAGAGGGGGAGGGAGAGAGGAGGGAGAGAGAGGGAUGGACAGAUGGGGAGGGACAGAGGUUGAGGGACAGAGGGGGUUUGAAAUAUGGUUCUGCACAUUGCUCACUCCCGUCCUCUCUUCCUCGUCUCCCACACAAUCCUCCCUCCAAUUCUCUCCCCGGCAUUUGCCCCCGUCCCCCCGAUCCCCUUCCCUGCUCCCCCCCAUCCCCUUCCCUCCUUCCCCCUAUGUCCUUCCCUGCUUCCCCCCAUCCCCUUCCCUGCUUCCCCCCAUCCCCUUCGCUGCUUCCCCCCAUCCCUUUCCCUGCUUCCCCCCAUCCCUUUCCCUGCUUCCCUGCCGCCACCCCUCGUUCCUUCGCACCUUCCUCACUCCUUCCCACUCUCUCUCAUUCCUUCCCUCAUUCUCCUUCCUCCCAACCUCACACGCUCUCACUCCUCUCGCACUCUCUCUCUCCGUCCUCUCGCACUCUCACUCUCCUUCCCACCACCCUCAGCCCUCCUUCCCCCCACCCUCUGUCCUGUUCCCACCUGCCCUCCCAAUCCUUGCCUUUCCCUCCCUGCCCUGCCCUUCCCUUCCCCAUCCCUUCUCAACCCUUUCCUUCCUUUUCGUGCCCUCCCCUCUCCCCUCCAUCCUCACCUUCCGCCCUCUUGUUUCCAUGCAUGUGCACCGACCAAUGA